AUGGCUUUACAUGAGCAUUCAGAUGUUGUUCAGUGGGGUAUGAAUCUUUUUGAUGUCGAUCCUUGUUAUAGUUCUGGAUACUACGGUGACAUAAUUCAACAUGAUACUGGUGAUGUCUAUGAUGCAAACUACUUUCACAGCCAUUACGAUUCUGAAAGUAAUCAAGUAGAGAACGAUGAGAUCAUUGCACGGACUCUUCAAGAAGAGUUUUCGCAGCUAGAGAUUGCCGAGCGUUCGGGCUAUUCACAGGCAGAUGAAGAACACUAUCAUGCUUCUGAGCCUUCAUAUGAUUGGCAAAACACACCGAUGAUGAACUAUUGUUCAGGAGGUCAUAAUUAUGUUAAUGAAGGAGUUGGUGACAUAGAAACUUCUAGCUCAUGCUGUAGUCCUGGUGAAGUGGGGGGGUGCUCAUUGGAGCUUGUUGACAACUAUCCAUUUGAUGAUGAAAUAGAGAGGAGAUUGAGUGAGAUAACUCCUAUUCCUCACAUUCCAAAAAUUAAUGGAGAAAUUCCUUCUAUUGAUGAAGCAACAUCAGAUCAUGAAAGGCUUCUGGAUAGAUUGCAACUAUAUGACUUUGUGGAGCGUAAGGUACAAGGUGACGGUAAUUGUCAGUUUCGUGCAUUAUCUGAUCAGUUGUAUAACACACCUGAUCACCACAAGUUUGUGAGACGAAAAGUUGUAAACCAGCUGAAGUCUCAUCCAGAUAUUUAUGAAGCAUAUGUUCCGAUGGAAUAUAGUGAAUAUUUGGAAAAGAUGUCCAAGAGUGGUGAAUGGGGUGAUCAUGUCACUCUUCAAGCCGCUGCAGAUUCGUAUGGUGUGAGAAUAUUUGUAAUGACUUCUUUCAAAGACACGUGUUGCAUUGAGAUUCUUCCUAGUUUUGAGAAGCCAAAAGGAGUGAUUUUCAUAAGUUUUUGGGCAGAGGUGCAUUACAAUUCCAUCUAUCCUCAAGGAGAUAUAACUUCAAAUGAAUCAAGAAAGAAGAAAAGGUGGUGGAGCUUUGAAAGCUCACAUUAA